AGUCGCUCAUCCGACGACCUCCCAGCUGCAUAAAGCCGAUUUCAGAGACUUGUCUCUAUUUCCGCUUCCUUCCCGCACCAUGUCUCUCUCUCGUCAGUUCCCCCGUUUCAUCCGCCAAUUCGAGCGUGCCUUUGAGGAUCCAUUCUUCCGUUCGCCCUUCGCCUCUCCCGCCUCCCGCUUCUGGAACGACUUUGACCCGGUGUUCAAUGGCUUGGCUCGUACGCCUGCCGUGGAUGUCUCCGAGACCGCUACUGCGUACAAAAUCCAGGCCGAAGUCCCCGGCAUUCCCAAGGAGAAUAUUCAGAUCGAGCUGACGGAUCCGCGAACCCUCGUUAUCAAGGGUUCAUUCGACCGCACCAGCUCACCCGAGCAGAGCGCCGAGCAGAGCGCCGAGCCUGUGUCCAAAGACGGCCAGCCGCCGAAUUUCUUGGCUCAGGAACGAAUGGCUGGCUCCUUCCGACGAACCUUCACGAUGCCUGUCGCUAUCACCGAAUCCAACAUCAAGGCCCAUCUCAAGGAUGGUCUCCUCUCCGUCGAUAUCGCCAAGCCAGAGGAUCAGAAGCAGAUUCCCAUCUCGAUCGCCAUUGGCGACAAGUAGGCCAAGAGUUUAUUUGCUGACCGACAACCUGGCUCUCGGACCGCCAAACCGUGUGCUGCUUCCUUUUGGAUCAUGAAUACAUCCAUCUAUCGCCCAUCGUCACCAAAAGCAUGUCCGAGGAUACUUAUAUUCUGACCACCUUUGAGAGCGCAUCGUGGAGCAAGGGAAGCAGUAUGAAUCGAAUCCA